UAGAAAGUGUACGAGAGGCGGAUCACACAAAACGGUUUUUGGCAAAAUCGAGUCCAAGGCAAUAUGACGUCAAUCAGUGAAAUCCUCCAAAUACCCUCGCGACAAUUUUUCGGGGCAAGGUUACGUCUAAACUGCGGCAUUCUCGAACAAAAACGGAUCUACUUAAACAGAUCUAAAUAGAAGGAACAAUGCAAGUCACAAAUAACCGUUCCAUUCUUUUCGAAUCAACACGUGAAGAGAACACGGGAAGCCUGAAUGGCUCACUUGAUAAACACCUAAACACGACACUUCAUCUUCAAGCCAACUAGAUCAGCUGUGGACGACUCACUUCAGAGUGCUUCAGAGGCAACAUCAAACUACGGAACACUGACAAGAACUGACCACGACACGAGCGAAUCGGAGAAUCUAGCCACCUCUGGCUCCCGCGUCGCGAAGGGAAAAACCAGCGACCGGUCCAAUGGGACGCGAGCCUUGGCCGGAAACUGCCGAGACGGCGCGACCCGUGACCGUUGCUCGGGUGUGAAGCGGGUUUACGUCUGGGUCCUUAACCUAACUUAACGACCGCGACGUGUUCGUCUCCUUGUUGGGGCCAAGCGGGGCCGUAUCGCUGUGUCUCUUUCUUUCGUCUGCGAAAUUUCAGUGCAUAGCGAAACGUAUUUUAUGGUGGCAUUGGUGGCAAUCGGUAUUUCGGAAAAUACUGGAAGAUUUCGGUAUCCAGGGACCCAGGAAUGAUUCUGAGAACAAAGAAAACAAUGAUUGAUUCCAUUAUUUUUUAUCACAAUAGACAUACAGUGUGUUGAACGACAGGUUAGCAUUUCUGGAAGAGGGACUGGCUGGAGUACCUACCUGAUCAGGACUGAAAAUGGACCACCUAUCAGUUGAAUAUUUUGGAAAAUGUAUUCAUGAUAUAGUUUCAAUCUCGGACGCAAUUUUGGAUGGGUGGGUGAUGAAAAUCAAAGAUGACUCAGAAAACGGAAAAUAUAUAGUUAAAAAGCAGACUACUUUGCUCAAAGCGCCUGAGGAUGCCAGUGAAGUACCUGUCACUUUCGAAUACCACGUUGCAUAUAAUAUCAGUUAUGGAGUUCCAGUAUUAUGUUUCAACAUUUGGCAACCAGACGGAUCCCUGUUGACUCUAGAAGGGUAUUGGAAAAGUAAUACGGCGUUUGGAGAUUCCAAUAUGUAUGAAACUUUGACUCAAAUGGAUCAUCCUGUACUAUGUAAACAUUUUCUGAGCCUCCAUCCUUGCAAGACCCAGGAAAUUUUACAGACGUUUCUGGCGACCAGUAAGAAUCCCGUUAUAUCUUGGCUGACUGUGGUAGGGCCUUUUGUCAGUUUAAAUUUGCUCGAAGAAUACGUAAAGCAUUGUUGAGAAUUGUAUUGAAAUUGCUUCGCGUAAUUCAUCUGCUUUGAUGUGCAUCUCCCAUGACUAGACAAUAUAUUUUCGA